UUUGUCUGUCUGUCUUUCAGGUUGUCUCACGCCCAAAAAUCUGCAAUCAAAGUACUCCGGAGAAUGAAGUACUUUGUGGCCAGACAGAAAUUUCAGCAAGCGAGGAAACCGUACGACGUGAGGGACGUGAUGGAGCAGUACAACCAGGGACACCUCACCAUGAUGGUCCGCAUUAAGGAGCUACAGAGGAGACUGGACCAUACGUUGGGGAAACCAGGAAUGUUUCUGGCAGAGAAAGGUGUAGAUAAAGAAUACUACACUGUGGGAGCCAGACUGGUCCGCCUGGAGGACAAGAUGGACCAGAUGAGCCAUAAGAUGGAGGCGGUGCUGAAGAUCUUGGUGGACCAGUACAAACCCAAGGCAGAGCUGCUCCAGAGGGCCCCAGCCCCUCCACUCCCAGCCCCCUACAGCUCUCGCAUCAGCAUCAUGAGGCGUCAGAACAUGGGCGUCAGCUUGGACGAGGGACGGUGAUGUCACAGUGGGCAGACAGGCGCCAGGGAUGGAACCACCAGGGACUAGUAUGACCAACCGUGAGAUAUCAGUUGCAAUGAGAAGAUCAAUCAUUUUUAAAUUCAUUGUCAGCUGCUUGACCAGGAGGACACAGACUCCAAUAAAGAAAAGGGAGCACUCUUCUUACCUUAUUAAAAAGAUGGUGUCAUUUGGCUACUUUUGCCCUCUGUUUUAUAACCCCCAAAACCUUUACAUCACUGUCUUUGACCGCUGACCUUAGAGAGAGAACGUGAACAACUCAGCUCCUGCUUCUGUUCUCCUCUGCUGAAGAGGCGUGCUUGUCUGAAAGUGAGGGCUAUAGAGAACUAUGAGAGGGGACAUGGCAGCAGUUUACUUACAGCUAGAGACGUACGGUGAUGCCGUCCAUUCUCCCUCCCCCCAUCAUGGUGAAUGGGCAUACGGGGUCCUCCUCUUCUUCAGAAGCUUCUUUCUCCCUCUUUAAUAUCAGCACUAUGAAAACAUACUACACUCUUUUUUGU